AUGGCAGGCUUGACAGUUCAGGCUGUUCACAGCACGGCCAUGAUGGGCACCCAUGACCCAGACCUGCAUGAGCAGCACAGAGGACCAACGCAGGAGGAGGGGGAUGAGGAGGAGGAGGAGGAGGGGGAGAAGGUGCAUGUGUCAGUUGAGGGAGAUGAGAGGGAGCAGGAAGAAGAGGAAGAGGAGGAGGAGGAGGAAAAAGAGGAGCUGCCGUACCCCACUCUAGCACCAGUGGUUCUUUUGGCUCUGACCCAAACCAGCCCACCCCGCUCCUGGUGCCUCCGAGCUCGUGUGAGCAUUUUGGCCAUCCUCCUGAACUGCGUGACUCUCGGGAUGUUCCAGCCCUGUGACCGCACACCCUUCCUGCUGCAGGCUCUGGAUGAUGGCAUCUUUGUGUUUUUUGCCGGGGAGAUGGUGAUGAAGAUGGUGGCUCUGGGGAUCAUAGGUCAGAGCGGCUAUCUCAGUGACACGUGGAACCGAUUGGACUUCUUCAUUGUUGUGGUGGGAAUGCUGGAGUACUCGCUUGAUGGACACAACGUCAGCCUGUCAGCCAUUAGGACCGUCCGGGUGCUCCGCCCACUACGAGCCAUCAACAGAGUUCCCAGCAUGCGUAUCCUGGUGACCCUCCUCCUCGACACACUUCCCAUGCUGGGCAACGUGCUGGCACUGUGCUUCUUCGUCUUCUUCAUCUUCGGCAUCGUCGGCGUGCAGCUGUGGGCGGGGCUACUGAGGAACCGCUGUUUCAUGGGAGAGGAUGUCAAAAU